AAAGCUGAAAUCCACAGCGACACCUUUACAGUGUUGGAAGUAAUUGGCGCGGGGAACUUUGGAACCGUUCACAAAGGUGUGAUCUUCUACGACAAUCAGUCCACCGUCUGCGCGAUCAAAGUUCAGAGAAGCUACUUCCAUGCGGUGACCGGGACGGGCAAGUCUGGGGACGAGUUCAGCCGUGAGUCUGCGCUGAUGCGUUUGCUCACUCAUCCCAAUGUGGUGCGAUCCUUUGGCAUGUGCACUGAAGACUCCGCAAAUCUGUAUCUGCUCAUGGAGUACUGCGAUAUGGGUGAUCUUCGCACACACCUGUUGGCGUUGGAGGAGAGCAUGCCGUUACGCAUCAAACAGUUGCUGAUGACUCAGGUUGCUGCUGGGCUACAGUAUCUGCACUCGCUGAAGAUUGUGCAUCGCGAUGUGGCUGCGCGCAACAUUCUUUUGCAGACACCUACAGCCCACAAUACGUGA